GGCCAGUGUGUGCGGGUCCGCGGUGAAGGGAGGGCGUCGCGCCGUGUGAGCAGAGCAGCGACGCGGCAGCCAGCUAGGCCCAACGGCGGCGUGUCGCGUGCGGUGGUGCUGCCGCCAACGCUCGCCGGGGCACCACGGCGGCGGGGACCCAGGGAACACUAGAGUGGCGACCCAACCAACCACAUGAACCUCUCCACUCAAGCUCUCCACCGUCAAUCUGUGAAUACGUGAAAGAAACCAGUACAAGACCCGUCAGCCCCUGAAAAGAGACCAACAACUCAGCCCCUUACUCAACUAGUCCCUCAUGAAAUAGCCCCUUCCAAGCCCCUGCCUGCUCAGCCCCACAAACUCUGCAGCCGAUACCAGUGAAUAGAAGAAACAUACCAGAACAAGACCCGUUAGCCCCCCAAAAUAGAAGACCAACAACUCAGCCCCUUACUCAACUAGCCCCCUCUUAGCCUCCUCAAGCUCUCCUCCGCCAAUCCCGUCAGCCACUGUUAACAAAGCCCACAAUUCAGCCCCUUCCUCAGCUAGUCCCCUCCAGAAAUAGCCCCUUCGUAGCCCCCUUCAAGCCCUCCACCGUCAACCUGUGAAUACGAAACAGACAAGAGCAAGGCCAGUCAGCCCUAUUAACAGAAAACCAACAACUUAGCCCCUCUCAGCCAAUCCCCCACAGAUACAGCCCCUUCCUAGCCCUCUCAAGCUCUCCUUUGUAAAUCGGUGAAUACAAGAAACAGACCAAAAGAACACCCUCAAAUCAGCCCCUCUCUAGCCCCCUCCUAGCCCCCUGUAUGUAAGGGGAAAGGGAGGAAAUCUUGCCUUGAGAGAGACAUGAGAGUAAAAGGCUUAAGGAAGGAGUGAGGAAGAGGAGAGGAGGAGGAGGAGGAGGAGGAGGGGGAGGGGGAGGAGGAGGAGGAGAGGAAGAGCCCAGCAUGUCAGGCCUCCUCUUCCUGCUGCUGCUGCUGAUGGCGGUGACCCUCAAUGGCUCCGUGCAGGCCAUCCGUAUAGUGGAGAUGCAGGUCCCGCAGAUCGUUGAGGUCGGCAAGACGGUGCACCUGGCCUGCCGCUUUGACCUGGAGGGCGCGAACCUGUACUCCCUCAACUGGUGGCGCGGGUCGGAGCAGUUCUUCCAGUACAGCCCCUCCAGCGCCGACAAGAUCAUCGUGUACGAGUCCCCGGGCAUCACCGUGGACAAGGAGCUCUCGGGUCGCCAGGCCGUGGUGCUGCGGAACAUCUCCCACGCCUCCGCCGGCCGCUACAAGUGUGAGGUGUUGGCCGACUACCCGAGUUUCGAGAAGCACUCCGAGACCACGACGAUGAUGGUGAUAGACGUGCCCGCGCGUAAGCCCAAGAUGUCCCUGAGCCGCUUGCAGUGGUCCCCCGGCGAGGUGCUGAGGGCCAACUUCAUCACCCCCGCUGUCAGGCCGCCCUCCGACCUCCACUGGUACAUCAACGGCAAGAGGUGUCUCGCUCAGCAGCUCACACUUCAAGCCAGACACCAGCGGAAGCAUGUGAUUGUUUUGUUUCUGCCACGCUCAGUGUCUCGCUCAGCGGCUCACACUUCAAGCCAGACACCAGCGGCAGCGUGUGAUUCUUUUGUUUCUGCCACGCUCAGUGUCUCGCUCAGCGGCUCACACUUCAAGCCAGACACCAGCGGCAACGUGUGA